CAUCAAAGAUUACUUGCCUCAGUUUUUGUCUGAUUCUUUGCCUUUACAUGAAGUUCCCAUGGAGUUUAUCGUUUUCCACUAAUUACCCUGCUUCAUCGCUUUGUUUUACUUCAUUUCUAGUCAUAUAUUCAUAUUACCAGAAUGACUCAUCGACAUGUUGAAACCAACCCACAUUUUAUUGAAGAUCCUGAUGGUACAACACCCGAGCAACGCCAUUAUCUACCUGCUUCCUUGCUGCCACGACGCUGUCACAACCGCUGUGCCCCGCUAAGGGGUCCUGAAGAUCAAGACCAACAUCCUCAUCCACUCGGUUCAUCUCUGCCAGAGCCACAUCAUGGAAGCCAACAUCACCACCAUUACAUGUUGGGGUGCCGCCUCCAGUACAAAAUGAGGAUCGACACCCCCAAUUAUGACCACAACCCUCAUCGAUUCAAGGUGAAAUCACCGAAGGUGACCAGCGCCACGGCAGGCAUCCCCAAGAUCAUCAUCCUCACUCUAGUCCUUUUCUCCCAAGGGACCAUCAAACCAGCCCUAUGGCAUGGCCUGCGGCAAUUAUCUGUGUAAUUCUUUUGCUGAUCAUGAUACUGGGAGGCCUAAUCGUUCUCAUAGUCUAUCUCGUCUAUCGACCACAUAGUCCAUUGUUUGAUCUCUAUGGCGUCACCUUGAAUGCAGCCUCUCUCGACUUGGGUUACCUGCUCA